AUGGAAAAUCCGUUCAAUUUGUCGUCGUGCGACUUCAAUAGAUAUUAUCCAUCGCAGAAGGCGGCGGUCCUCUGGGCUCCAGUCUACGCAUUUCCCGUCUAUGCGACUGCGGUCUUUCUGCUCAGGUACUACUCUGAAUCGCAAAAUACUUAUAUCCGAGUGGCACAGUUUUUGGCAAUCAUUUUGUGAGCUGUUUUUCCUUAUUCUCCCAUAUCUUUAAAUUUUCAGCAACUACUUGGAAUUGAUAGACAUGUCCACUUUGUUUUUCCCGCAGUUCAGAGUACCAGUGUUAGGUCUUCAAGUCGGUGGCAUUCUUGAUGAAGCAUAUCCACGAGUCAUCACGUUCAUUAUUGCCGCUUUAGUUUUGCAUCACGGUAAGUUCUGCGCCAAUUCAAUAAAUGUGAUGAUUAGUGUUGGACACAAAGUUCAAAAGACCGAAAGGGAGCCAAUUCAGGCAUCAACACGACGACUCUUUUCAUUGCUCACUGUCGUCUGCUCAUUCUGUCACGAUCUUUAGUGAUCCGGAAGUCUUCGAUAAACGCGCUGCUCGAUAAAUCCCAUCAGUUGACGUGCAUCAACUACGUCCUGAUGAUCAUAAGUGUCGCGAGUAUCCUUCUUCUGUUCAACACGGACAACCCGGAGUAUCAGAACAAGUGGAAGAAAGAGUUGUACGCCAAGUACCGUCUCGAGUUCAUCUGGUGCCCCAGUUAUUUCGUGAUGGACCCCACCGUCUGGGAGUUCAUAACGAUGUUGUCCGUGGCCGGCUCAGUUACCGUACUUUUCGCAGUGGUCUUCGUGAUUUGCAGUCUGACCACCAUCGCUAUUGUACAGUCGGCAAAGGACACAAUGUCGGUGCAGAGUGUCCGAUAUCACAUGCAAGUCGUCGUCACCUUCCUCAUCUCCUGUGCCAUUCAGGCAUUUUUUGUGGUCCUGCCAGUUAUUCAUAUUCUAUUCUGUGUUUAUUUUGAGUUCUUCAAAGUUUAUACGGGUGGUACGUUUCUUUAAGGGAAAACUUCAAUUUUAACAGUCCGGUCUCUUACAGAUUACCUAUUCUAUUCGCUGUUCACUCAAGCUCAUCAGGGCACUGCGUUCACACUCUUCUACGUCUUAUUCCAUCGAAAAACGAGGAAAACUUUGACAAAAUGUAAGUUGAAAGUUGACUUUUCUUCACCUGCCCAACUUUUCAGUUGUUCGGAAAGCUCGGAAGUUGCCGAAUGAUCGAAUAUUCAAACGAAGUUUCCAAGUGUCCAUGACAAUAUGAAACCCUUCUUCCCUUUUUCACUUCCCUCUUUUCGCCGUCAUUCAUAAACUUUUCUACACGAAUCUUCCUUCUCAAUCAUCAGAGUUCAGCUCCCCGGGGACCGUGCCCGCCUUUCAACACUUUUGAUUUCUUGUCUACGAAGAGCGUUACGAUGAAAGAGACGUAGAGAACCGAUUUAUUCAAAGGCAGGCGAGCCAAUAUUUUUGUUUCUCACUCUUGCUCGGCACAAAAUGCUCCAGCAGCAGAAGCUCACCGUUCUUUUUCUAUUCGUAUUCGUUCCAUCGAUUCUCUCACUUUCCGAACGGUUCAGAAUUGAGAAUGUAAAGUUUCAAAAACCUGGAUCAAUUAGACCGAAGAGAGAUGCGUUUGUUAGAAGGUAACAAAGACAUAGAAAAGGCGAAUCUUAAAAGAUCAAAGUCUCAGGGAGACUGGCGUUGCCCAAAAUGUGACAACUCUACUGAACAACGUUCUAAAGAACUACGAUCAACACUUCAGACCUGGAUUCAAGUGUAAGUGUGCCAAUCUUUACGAGACAAAUCAGCUGAGAAACUUUUCAGCUGGAAAACCGACGAAAGUGUACAUAGAUCUGUUCAUCCGAACGAUGGGACCAGUGGCUGAUCUCGCCUACACCUACUCUUUCAACUGCUACUUCCGUCAGAAAUGGACCGACGACCGACUUCACUUCAACAAUAGCGGCAUCGGAUUCCGUCAACUUUCGUUGAGUAUGGCAAUGCUCGACAAGAUCUGGAAACCAGAUACGGUAAGUUUCGGUUUUCUUUUUUUUUCACUCCUGACUUGGUUAUUCAGUACUUCUGGAACGGAGCUGGAAGUUAUGUGCAUGGAAUCACAACUUCGAACCGUCUUGUCCGAUUGGAACCGGAUGGAACUAUUCUGUACUCGAGCAGAAUCACUAUCAAAGGUUGCCUCUAUUCACCUGAAUAGUUUCUUCCGCUUCGUACUCUUCCAGUUUUCAGCCAAAUGUCAGAUGGACAUGAGCAGAUACCCACUGGACAAGCAGGCGUGCCGACUCGUACUCGGUUCUUAUGCGUAUCCUUCGGAUGAAGUUCAGUACAAAUGGAGGAUAAUGGAUAAUGAUAAAGGAGUGAAAAUAGACUACGAAAGCAUUGCGGACCUUCCUCAGUUCUCUCUCACCGGCUUCAAAGUCUACGAUCCGGCCAACUUGACCAGAGACAAGGAGUAUUCGGCGCUCGAGGUCCGUUUCUACUUUGACCGGCACUUCGGCUACUUCCUCAUGAACUUCUACGUUCCUUGCGCCCUCGUCGUUCUUCUCUGCUGGGUGGCGUUCUUCACAAAACGAGAAGCGACGGCCGAACGGAUCGGAAUCGGAAUCACGAAUGUGCUCACGAUUGUGCUCAUUUCAUUGGACAGCAAGAGCGACUCGCCGAAGGUCGACAGUCCGACUGCGUUGGAUGUGUACAUUUGGAUAUGCUAUUUAACUCAUCUGUUCUGCAUGAUCGAGUUUACCGUAGUCCACUAUUACACCAAGUAUAAUACUGGUGAUCCAGAGAUUCAGGAAGUUGAAAGGGAACGGCUGAGACAAAUCAUCAAGCAGAUUCCUAAGUUUGUUUCUUUUAAGAUAAUCAUUAGCUUUACUAAACUUUUCAAGUAUUCUUCAGAAAUUCGAACAGUCGUGUUGCCGUUCCUUCUUUCAAAAGAAGAAAUGCUGCGCAACCUGUAUCAAUCACUGUAAGAUUUCAAAGUAUUCAAAUAUAACACAUCUACGUCCCCAGAGAUCCCUUCCCAACAAAGCCAUCCGUUUCAUGUCCGUUCGACAGCCGAGAAGAACCGAGCAAAGAGAGUCUAUUCAGUUGAUGAGAAAGAUCAGUCACAUGGAAACGAGCACGCAGGUGAGCGACAAAGACAACUUUCAGCCAACCCAAAACAGAUUCAGAAUGAAGCUGGGAGCAGUCUGAAUCUGGAAAGUAUUCGGCAGGAAAAUGUGGGAUGGAGGUUGUACUACUGGAUGAUCGAUCAUGUAGGUUUCCUCCAGGGAUCCAAUAGAUCCUUUCCUUUCCAGGACAUCAAAACGGACCCGUUCGGAGUAGCUCAGAACUCAAUCAGCAGAAUCGACAAGAUCUCCGUCGUCGUCGCGCCGCUCAUUUUCAUCCUUACUAUAGCUCUUUAUUAUGACUUUUAUGUGAAUCGCCCGUUUAAAUUCAAAUUUGAAAACGAUUUUAGAAAUAUUUAG